GAGCAGGCAAGCUUUCCGUCAUUCGUUCGUUCCCCAGUAUGUCUAUAUUAACAGCUGCUCUCCUCCUCACUGUGUCUAUGUUACAAGUCUCUGCUCUCUGUCCUCCCCUAUCUCCGACCUUUUAGAGUAAACCAGCCUUGGAUUUUCUCUCCCUUUCUUCCUCCUGCUAUAUUCUUGUCGAAGUUUUCUCUUUGAGUAUUAUGACCCCUCCACCAUGUCCUUUUGAGUUCAAUCCCCACCCUCUGAUAGCUUCUAGGCGCCAUGGCUUCUUCUACCGCUUCUUCUCAGGCGCAUGAGACCCAAAGCGAGGACUUCCAGGCCGCCAUUGCCAAGGCCGUGGAGCUGAGGUCCCUGCACGCGGCGCUGCUAAAAAGGAGCAACCUUGGUGGCUCCGCAGUCCUCGGGCCCCCCGUCGGCGCUUCUCCUUCGCUCUCGCGGCAUUCCAAUCCGCUAUCCGCCGCCGAAGACUACCCUGUCUUCACACCCAGCUAUGAAGAAGAACCCUUAUGGGAUCGUCACUAUAUCCAACCAGAGAAUCGAAGCUUAUCAGAAACCUGGAGAUCUAUCAAUCUACGAACAGGCAAAAAUGAUGAAGCAGUAAACAUGUCUAGAAAUGUAGUUUCUGCCUCCAACAGUGAGCAAAACGUUUGCUUUACGAAUGAGCAUUUCUCCAAGAGAAGCACUUGCGUAAACCACAAACUGCAAGCUUCUCUGAUAGCCGAUGUCCUCAAUUCUUCAAGCAGUGGAACCAGUCCAGCAUAUGAAGCCAUCACAACAUGCAACUCAUGCAAACCUGCAACCAUUAAUAGGGAAUCUGAAAGCGAGCACAAGAAGUCGAAGUUAGUGACAAGCUCAUCGCAUGAAUCGGAGCCACCAAUACAAGUGCAUACGAAGCACAGAGGACCUCUUUUAUCAUGGUUAUUUCCAAGAUCAAAAAAGAAGCUCAAGCCAGAGAUGUCGCCGAAUCCAAUAGAAUCUGAAGACAUGGCCCAACUUCUGAAGGAGUGGGGAUUACUUUCACUUGAAUCACUGAAGAAGCAGCUUCUUGAAGCGAACAACAACAGAGAUGCAGCUCUUGCAGAAGUUUCCGAAAUGAGAUCUUCACUGGGAGAGCUACAACAAAAGCUAGUCACAUUAGAAAUACAUUGUGAAGAGCUGAAGAAGGCUCUAAAGCAGACAAAGCAUGUGAAGAACGAUCAGAUUCUGGACAGGCCUAAUUUGUCAAGGAGGACAAAAUCCAGUGGUGGCAUCAAAGACAAUCUGAUGCCCGUCAGCCACGAGGUGAUGGUGGAGGGUUUUCUGCAAAUGGUAUCAGAAGCUAGGCUAUCCAUCAAACAGUUCUGCAAGAUGCUGAUACAUCAAAUCGAAGAGACUGAUUGCAAUCUGAUGGAGAAGCUGAAUCUGCUUCUCCAAUCUCACCGGAUGGCAUUAAGUAAUAAAUACUCCAAAGCGUUGACAUACCAUAUUGUGGAAGCUCUCGUCAACCAGUCUAUGUAUCAGGACUUUGAGAACUGUGUGUUCCAGAAGAAUGGCUCGCCAAAGUUUCUAGAUCCACGGCAAGAUCGUCAGGAGAAUUUCUCAUCAUUCAUUUCACUUAGGAACUUGAGUUGGAAUGAGGUGUUGUGCAAGGGGACGAAGUCCUACAGUGAAGAGUUCAGCAGGUUUUGUGAUAGAAAAAUGAGCUGCAUUGUCUCCUUGCUAAAUUGGUCUAGAGCAUGGCCUGAACAGCUCCUCCGGUGCUUCUUUGUGGCCGCCAAAUGCAUUUGGUUGCUUCACCUGCUCGCUUUUUCCUUCAGCCCACCUCUGAUGAUAUUGCGAGUUGAGGAAGACCAAAACUUCGAUCCCCUCUACAUGGAAGAGAUUCUUUUAGGCAGAAGAAGAGCACAAAUCCCAGGUCGAGUUAAGACCAUGGUCGUGCCGGGGUUCUACAUCGAGGAUAGGGUUCUCAGGUGCAGGGUUCUUUGCAGAUACUAGCGAUUACUUCUCUUUGGCUUUCUUUGUUUGUCAUGGAUUUGGUGCUUCCGCGAGCUGUUGAAAUGUAUGUCUUCUUUCUCUUUCACCAAUAAUUGUUUGGUUGCAAA